GUUUUCCUCCAUGCUAUGGCCGUUUGCCCUUUUGUUUAUGAUAAUUUCUACUCCAUAUUAUUUUCCUCUUUUCCUGCCCCCAAAUUAUUGAAUGUAUGUUAUGCUCCAAUAAUUGAUGAAUGUGUGGAUGCGAAGUAAAGGAGAGAGUUAAAGGUUUGCUAUUUGGCAUUCUUCAAUUUGCUUUACAGUUUAGGGUUUCCAAUUUUAGGAAAUGAAUAGACCUUUCACAAUUUGUCUGUGUUCGUUUGGGAGGGGAAUGGGGUCGUUUCUUUAUAUGACUGUAUACUUUUAUUAACCCAAUUCCUUCUUAAGUCUGUGGUUAGAGGCACUUUAAGCUGGAGAUUGCAUGAAGCGUACAUGUGCUGCAGAUUAUUUUCUUUUUUCAUGUGAUUAAAGCUCCUGUUUGGAAAUGGUUUUUGUGUUAGUCGUUUGAGUAGCUGUUCCCAAAAAAGCUUGAAAAAUGAGAUUUUUGUAAACCAAGUUUGAAAGACAAUUGUUCCAAAAGCUCUAAAAAGUUGCUGUGAAUAGUUUUAGGCCUUGAUUAGCGACCAACUUUUAGCUGUUAGAACUUAGUUAGAAGUUAGUGGUGGCGUUAGCUGAAUGACUAGAUGGUUGGGUUUAGCUAUUUGAGUCAGUUGUUUAAGAAAGAAGUGUUUGGUAAGGUAAAUUGUUUGUGUGAGUAGGGGUUAGGCUACGUACAUUUGACCCCGCAAUAGGCAAGAGCCUUUGAGCCGUUUGAGGCACUGUGGCAAUGUUGUUGUUAGUUAGGUAAACUGUUUGAGAUUUUAGGGCAAUAUGAUGCCAAAUCUGGCCUUAAUUUUUCAGUCAACUUUCUCUUGAAAAUGGGCUUUUUGUGGUAAAAGAUUGGUCAAAAAACUAUUAAAAGUGUUCGAUGACACUAACAUCAAUCCAAAGACCUUCCUCAAGCAGCUCAUACAAACAUCCAACAACAAAUAGAACUGUGUGCCAAACAGGAUCGUUGACAAAAAAAUUUAUCUCUUAAAUUUUGAAAAACAAGCUUUUCAUCAACUGCUUUUUUGGGAUCAAAAUUUAUUUUCAAACAGUUGUUUACCAAACGCUUUGAUAGCCAUUUGGCCAAUCAUUUACAAGCUCUUUUUUUAGAGAAGGCUCUCCAAAAAUCUCCUUUCUAAACACCUCCUUAAAAACAAGCUCUUUGUGAACCGCCUUUUGGGACUAAAAUGCUCUUUACCGAACACUUCUUAUAGUUUUUCUAUAGCUCAAAAGCUCUUUUUUCACAAAAAUCCUCCCAAAACUUCAUUGACAAGAACCCUGGAACCCAAAGAGUUAUUUAAAAAAAUGACCAAUGUACCAUGCUGGACUUUUACAAACAGUAUAGGGUGGAUGUCUCAGCAGACAAUUCAGAUUGUCCACAAAAAGCAACACUCAUAUAGAAGCAAAAAGCAAAUGGGUUUUUGUUCAUUUCACAGUACAUACCAUUCUCAUCUAUUGUUAAAUGUUAACCUCUCCUCCCUUCACCAUCCUCUCACAAUAAAAUAAACAAGCACAGUAAUUGGAGGAUAGAAUAAAUAAAGCAUUUGCUAGAAGAAUGAGAAAAGGUGAUGAGCAGGCACCUAAGAGUGGUGAAAAGAAACAAAGUUUUAAGAGAAUUUGUGUUAUCUGUGGUAGUAGAACUGGUUAUCGAUCAUCUUUCAGUGAUGCAGCUCUCCAACUUGGAAAAGAACUGGUAGUAAUUGUGUGAUAUGCAACAUUCCAAACAUGGCUUCUUAUUACUCACUCCAUAUGGUUCACGAUAAGUAUCAUUCGGAAGCUGGCAAAAGUUUGUUUUACCAUGUCUGUCAUUUUGAAAAAAAUAAUGUUUUCACCCUUCUUUAAGACCACAAUGCACAUUUAAUUGUUUUAGGAGUGAGUUUGAAGUGUGUGGUAGUACUUUAAUUACAGGUUGAGAGAAAAAUCAAUCUUGUUUAUGGCGGAGGAAGCGUUGGCUUGAUGGGGUUAGUCUCUAAAACAGUUUUUGAUGGAGGGCUUCAUGUUCUAGGGUACCCUUCAUCACAAUGUUUUUCUCUUCACAUCACACAGUUUGUGUCUCAAAUAUUAUGAGUUCAGUUUCUCAUUAUUCUUCUCCCUUUCAUUAGAGUAAUUCCCAAGGCCCUCUCUCCGCGUGAGAUAUCAGGAGAAACUGUUGGAGACCUAAAAAUAGUUGCAGGCAUGCAUGAGAGGAAGUCAGAAAUGGAAAAACACGCCGAUGCUUUCAUUGCACUACCUGGUGGGUAUGGGACUAUAGAGGAAUUGUUAGAAGUGAUAACCUGGUCUCAAUUGGGAAUCCAUGAAAAGCCAGUGGGGCUGUUAAAUGUGGACGGCUAUUAUGAUGACCUGCUUGCCUUUUUUGACAAGGGAGUGGAGGAAGGUUUCAUAGAUGAUUUAGCAAGAUGCAUUGUGGUCUUAGGUGACACUGCAGAGGACUUAAUUACAAAAAUGGAGGAGUAUGCACCAGUCCACAAAAGAGUAGCAACCAGACAAAGCUGGGGAAUGGGCCAAUCAUUGGAGUGUACUUCAAGUGGGGGAAAAUCCUAAUAAAUAAAAUCUUGUCCAGGAUCCACAUAUCAACCCAUAAUCAUGUGUACAACUUAAUCAGGUUUUGUUAGUUUCCUUUUAAACCAUGUGUGGUAUGUAGGGGCUGCAUAAUAACCUUAGCCUGUCCUUUUCUGUUGAAAUGUACAGGUGUGAAAGCACAAGUUUCUCCCAUUUUGACAUUUCAAAGUUUUUGUGAUUCUUGUACUCUUAGGGACAACUUAGUUGUCAUGUGAAUCUCUAUUUUGUUUUGGUGUCAUCAUGUGAAUCUUUAUGAACAACCCCUAUUAAUAAUAAUCACAUCUUUCAUGGUAUUUGUCUAUUUGAAAGUCAGUUGACAAGGCAAGAAAUUAUAAUGGGAUUACACUCUCAUUUGAUUCAUGGCAUGGGAGGCAACUAUGUUAUGCAUAAGACCUCUAGGAACCUAGGACUAAUUUGGAGUGAACUAAUUUUUCACUAUACUCCUUAUCUAAGACCGCGAGUGCGGAGUAAAAAUUGGGGAGUGGCUUUUCGGCUUUUCCAAUUCAACCUGCUUCCCACCUGAUAAUUCACCUUUCUUCCAUAUUCAUCCAUCCAGACAUUAAGACAAUGCAAGCAUCACUCUAUCAUCAUGGGGUAGAAGUCCACUUCUUUGCACCAUUCACAACUUAAUCCGGAAUGAGAAUCCCGAAGAUUGGAUCUAUAAGAUGUAUGAUCAAGAAGUGGGAUUGCUACGAGAGAUAGAAGACUCGGAUGCUGCGCCAUUUGAAUGAGAACAUUUGGAACGGAUUUUCCAUUUGCGUGACUAUGUAUAUGCCAAUGGUUUUGCUACUAUCUAGCCUGUGUUCAUAGAGAUUAGCCAUCUAAAGAAAUGAAUUCCAGGUCAGUCA